GCGCUUGGUGCACGGAGGCGGGGGUGAAAAAGGCGGCAAGCGCGUGAAGGGGGAUGAGAAAAGCUCGUGUGCGCUGCACUCGUAGUCGACCGGUGUCGGUUUCCAGGCUGUGAUCGGUGUUCUCUGUGUCCGUUUUUCCUUCACUCCUCUCUCUCUCUCUUUCUCUGUGUAAUUUAGCAACAGUGACGCACCAAUCCUCUGAAGAACGACUCAAAUCUCACGUCUAACUGGGAUUUUGCUGCAUUUCUACCGUUUUCUCCUCAGCAUCUUCUCUCUGUGUAACCGUCAGCGGUCUCGUCACAAACUGAAUGUCUCUUGCUGUCUGUGGUAAUUUGUUAUCAUGACCACAGCAAAGGAGUCAAAUAUAUCGACCAAAGCAGCUCAACAGCAAGAUCAGGAGCUGGUGGGAAGUAACCCUCCGCAGAGGAACUGGAAGGGAAUAGCGAUUGCACUGCUUGUUAUUCUGGUCAUCUGCUCUCUGAUCGUCACCUCUGUCAUUCUGCUGACUCCAGGUGAGGACGAUAGCCUGGCCUUGAAAGGGAAAGUGACAGUGGAAGAAAUCUUCAAAAAAGACUUCAAAGUUCACGACCCAAAUGCUAAGUGGAUCAGCAGUAAUGAGCUCCUCUAUCGUACUCGUGAAGGUGAUGUGGUCCGCUUUAACAUGGAGACCAAUGAGAGUACAAUCCUGGUCACAAACAGGAAGUUUGAAAUGUACAAAGCCAGCAAAUAUGAGGUUUCCCCAGAUAUGAAACUCGUUCUGCUUGCCUACAACGUGCAGCCGGUUUACGAGCACUCCUUCACUGCGGACUACAUCAUUUGCAGUCUGGAAACUCCGGAAACGUGGAUCCUGAACCCUCCAGAAGUGCGAAACGCUCAUCUGCAGUAUGCAGGAUGGGGACCGCGAGGCCAGCAGCUGAUUUUUAUAUUUGAGAAUAACAUCUACUAUCGGGCCACUGUGGAGAACAGAUCCAUCCGUCUUGUUUCCACUGGGAAGGAAGGUGUGAUAUUCAACGGCCUGAGCGACUGGCUUUAUGAAGCGGAGAUCUUUAAGUCCCACAUUGCUCACUGGUGGUCUCCGGAUGGGGCCAGGCUUGCAUACGCGACCAUCAACGACACACUGGUGCCCAAAAUGGAGAUCCCCAUGUUCACCGGCUCCGUCUACCCUACGGCAAGACAAUACCAUUACCCCAAGGCAGGAGAGGAAAACCCUGUCAUCUCUCUUUAUGUGGUGAAUCUCAAUGGCCCUCUGCACACCAUUGAGAUGAGAAGACCGGAGGACCAAAGAAUAGGUGAAUACUAUGUGACGAUGGUGAAGUGGGCCACAAGCACGAAACUGGCUGUAAACUGGUUGAACCGAGCCCAGAAUAUCUCCAUCCUGACCCUCUGUGUGGCCACAACGGGUGUCUGCACCAAGAAACAUGAGGAUGAAAGUGAAGGGUGGCUGCACAGACAGGAUGAAGAGCCGCUGUUCUCUAAAGACAGUCUGAGGCUGUUCUUCACCAGAGCGAUCCCACAGGGAGGACGAGGGAAGUUCUUCCACAUCUCCAUGUCCAUCUCACAGCCCAACAGCAGCACAGAUACUCUGCAGUCCAUCACAUCAGGAGACUGGGAUGUCACGCAGGUUCUUGCGUAUGAUGAGGACAGCCAGUUAAUAUAUUUCCUCAGUACUGAGGAUGACCCUAAAAGAAGACAUCUCUACAGCGCAGACACGGUGGGCACCUUCAACCGCCGCUGUUUGUCCUGUGAUUUCACGGACAGCUGCGGGUACGUCAGUGGCUUCUUCUGUCCCAGCAUGGACUACUUCCUGCUCAACUGUAAAGGUCCUGAUGUUCCGUAUGUGUCGGUUUACAGCACCCAUGACAGACAGAAGGUGCGUGACAUCGAGUUGAAUCGGAACUUGAGGAGAAUGGUGAACUCGAUGCAGAUGCCGAAAGUGGAAUACAGAAAAAUAAACAUAGAGGAUUACAGCCUCAGCAUGCAGAUCCUGAAACCUGCAGGCUUCAUAGACACCUCACACUACCCACUUUUGCUCCUCGUAGAUGGGACUCCAGGCAGACAGUCAGUCUCAGAGCAGUUCCACAUUGACUGGGCAUCAGUGCUGAUCAGCAAUUUUGGGGUGAUUGCAUUGCGCUUUGACGGUCGUGGAAGUGGCUUCCAGGGGACUAACUUACUCCAUAAGGUGCAGCGCAGGCUGGGAAUGUUCGAGGAGAAAGACCAGCUGGAUGCCCUCAGUAUUAUGAUGCAGGAGCCUUAUAUUGACAAGACCAGAAUUGGAGCUUUUGGGCAGGUGUAUGGAGGUUACGUCACCAGCCUUCUGCUCAGCUCUGAGGACUCCGUGCUCAAGUGUGCUGCAGUGCUCUCGCCCAUCACAGAUUUUGCACUAUAUGCUUCAGCGUUCUCAGAGAGAUUUCUAGGCCCUCCCAAGCCAGAUCGGAGGGCAUACGAGAUGGCCAACCUUGCAUACAGAGCGUCCCAGUUCAUCGAUAAGAAGUUUUUAAUCAUUCAUCCUACAGCAGAUGAAAAAGUUCAUUUUCAGCACACAGCCAAAUUCAUCUCCAGGUUAAUCAGCGAGAGAGCAAAUUACACUCUGCAGAUCUACCCAGACGAAGGACACUUCAUUCACAACGAGGGGACACGGCAGCACCUCAGUCAAUCGCUGGUCAACUUCUUUGAGGAGUGUUUCCGGCUUCCGGACCGAGUGUUCGAGGAGGCGCUAGAAGAGGAGAGCGAAGAGGAGGGUUAGUUCACCCAUUCCAUGAUGUCCAAGCACAAAGCCAGCUCCUUUUGCCACCUAAUAUGCAACCCAUAGAUUUGAACCCUCCAGUUUUCAGUUCCCUCCCGGUGUCGCAUGCUGACUCUGAGACUGCCCUGCCUCGUGCUCCUGCCUCAGUUCCCCUUCAGGUGCUCCUCACUAUACAUCAACCCUCGACAGACCGCGGCCGUGGCGCGGCAACCAGCUGGCGCCUCAUCAUCUCGCUCUCCCCAGCAGGCCAGUUAUGAGCUUCUGAAGGUCUUAGGAGUCUCUGGUCUGUCCAUCACGUUAACAAAUGAGACGCUGCGAUAUUAACUGACCGCCAAGCGUGAUGGCCUUUGAAUCCCUAAGAGCUGUGGGACUUGCAGAGUUGAAACAGCAAGGUCAAUCAGUGUUUGAUUCAAAUAGAUAUUUGGUGUUUUGGGCAAAGGGGGUUGUUGUCGGGAGAACGUUUCAUUUGUGGUUCAAAAGGUCUUCUCAUGUCCAAUUGUGCUCGUGUCUGGUGUUGCAAUGUAAAGUCGCACAUGAAAACCAUUCACUUGGAUAUCGAUAAAACUUGUUUUCAGUGUUCAAGCGUGUCCGAGUCUUGGAAAUCUUGUAGCCUCAAGUGUGUAUUUAGAUGGUGUUUAUUCAUUGCAGAAACUUCAUCAAGCAGAAGGGGAGCAAAAACUAUUCUCAUUAUUCUCGCAGACCAUGACAGUUUUUACAAGACUGUUGAUCCCACUUCUCAGCGUGUGUAUCCUUGAAGUGAUGGUCUGUCAGUGCUGAAGAAAGCGCUCUAUGUUGAUUUAGUCACUGUGCCUUAUUACGGGGGCGAACAAUCGUUUUCAAGGAGCCUCCUUGUGAAUAUCACCAGUCAUUCAAGGCUUAUGUUGGAUUGACUAAAAUCCUGUAUCUAAAACGCUCUUGUUACAUUGUCGAUGACAUCACGGAAUGCAUUAUUGUCUGUAAUAGCAUUACGAAGACACUGUUAUUUUCAUUUGCGUCUUUGUGAGCCAGUGUUGUUUUAGCAUCAACAAAAACAAACUCGCUCACAUCCUGCUAAUAGCGGUUUUCCAUCUACUUUAAGGAUCGAGUAAUGGAGCAUGAAAUUAAAAUGUAUGAUUUCAACAUUACCUCAGCAUUAAACUAAA